AUGAAGGAGACCGAGGAGAAGGGUUAUGUGAUCCUGUCGGCGGAUUUCGAGGACUCGAUCUCUGGCAGCAUCAUGACGAACGGUUGCAAGAAGUCCCAGCUCGGAACCAUGUGUGGUACCGUGGCGGUGAAUGCGGUGAACCAGACGGUCGAGAGUGACAGCAAGUUGUUCUCAGUGUCGCAGAAUGGGACGGAGAUCCUGCACCUCGCCGCGACGUUGGAGCCUCUUUCCAACUUGCCCUUCUGGAACUGGGCCAACGAGCGGUACGCACGCUUCCGUUUGAGCGAGGACAAGAAGACCUUGGAACGUGGCGAGCAACCUCCGAAGCACAAGACCUUCAGUGGCAACUUCCAGGUACAGCCAGCCGACGCCAUCGACCCCAUGUGGUUCAAGGUCUUCCAGACCAAGUUUGCGGGGUAUGGUUGGGGAUACCUCGACGCCCCGAAACCAGAUCCCUGUGGGCAGGGCAGGUGUUUCUACUCAAAGGAGGCGGUCUUUGUGGACGAGGACGCCAAGAAGGUCUGA